UUAACCUGUCUGUCUGCUGAUGACACGUGUUUAUAUUUCUCUAAAGAGAAAGUGUCUCUGCAGGGGCAGAGGGUGGUGGUGGUGGUGGGGGGGGUGAUUGGACGGAACAGAGAAAACACUGAAACGGACGUCUGCUCCUCACUGUCCACAGGCAGGAACAAGUGUUGUGUCCAGGUGUUGAAGCUGCUGUUGUCAGUCUGAAACCAGCUGAUCGUGUCCUCCCAUCCUCAGGACUUUGGACUCUGAGAUGAACUGGACCAGUCUGAACUUAUGGACCUUGUACUGAAAGACCCUCGUCUGGUUUUGACCUGAGGUCUUCAGGUCUGAGGUCUGAACUCAGACCCUCUGCAUGUUUUACCCCAGUGUAGAGGAUCAGGGAGGUAGAUUCAGACAGUGGGUUAGACUGACUGACAGCAGCAGCUGUGUGUGUGUGUGUUUGUGUGUGUGUGUCUCUCUGUCUGUCGGUGCUCGCCCUUAGAGUUUCUUCUUCUCUGUCUGAACAGUCCAUCAGACAGUCUGUUAGAAUCACAGUGAGCUGAUUGAUCACUCAGUCAGCUGAUUAGUCAGCUGAUCAAUCAGCUGAUCAGGUGACUCCUGGUUUACACCUGAAAUGAACUUCAACCUUCAGGACUGGACAUGUCUCUAUGUCUCUUAGAGGACAGAUGAUUUGUUAGCUGGAGACCUGAGACGAACAGCUGAAGAAACUGAGUCUGGUUCUAACCUGCUGAGCUAAGUCAGAGUCCUGGUCCCAGAGUGGAGACACUGGAGUAACACCAGGACAACAUCUGGACGAUGGAACAACAUCUGGACAGACAGCAGAAGAACAUGAAGGAGUUGUGUCUACACAGUCCAUUUAUUUGGAGCCUGUGAUAUCUCUCUGGACAGUUGACCUCCAUCUGGACUCUGGAUUCUACCUGGACAGUAAAAUCCAGCAGAAACCGGUCUGGACAGGAGACUUUUGUCUCUGUCUCUGAGAACAGAAACAAGAGGUGUCUCCUGAUUUGGAGAAAGACAAGAGGAGGGAGGGAUGGGAGGAGCAGUGUGUAAGAAGGAAGCUAAGGAGGAGAAGAGGAGCGCAGGGAGGGAGGACAGUCUGACGUCAGCCGACAGAAUCAGACGAUUCACCGUCAAACAGUUUGGAUACAAAGUCCUGAGUCUGGCUCGCCGAGGACUGAAGGAUGUCCCAGAUGAACUGUGGGAGCUGUUGGAAUUGGAGAAACUGAAUCUGUCUCUCAACAGUCUGAAGGUCCUUCCUCCUCAGCUGUCCCUGCUCUCCAACCUGGUGGUCCUCAACCUGUGGGGCAACCAGCUGAGCAGCCUGCCGGCAGAGAUCGGGCAUCUGAGGAGACUCAGAGUUUUAUUUGCCUACAGAAACAGACUGACUGAAGUUCCUGAGGAGCUGGGAGCCUGUACACAACUGGAGGUCCUGAGUUUAGCCAACAACCAGCUGUCCUCACUGCCUGCUUCUCUGUCCAGUCUGACCAGACUGAGGAAACUAAACCUCAGCCACAACCACAUUGCUCAUAUCCCGGGCUGCGUCUACAACAUGAAGGCUCUGGUGUUCCUCCACCUGGCCUGUAACCGUCUGGAGAACCUAGCAGAGAACAUCCAGGCUCUGGUGGAGCUCCAGAUCCUCAUCGUGGAGGGAAACAGCCUCCACUCGCUUCCCAAGGCUCUCUGCUGCCUCACCAGGUUGGAGUUGCUGAACCUGGACUUUAAUGACAUAAAAGAUGUUCCACAGGAGAUGCACCAGUUGUCCCGUCUGGAGAAGUUAGCAUGUCAUCCUCUGGAUAAAGGACUCCACAUCGUCCACAACCCGCUGCUGAAGCCUGUGAAGGAGGUGCUGGAGGGGGGUCUCACUGCCCUCUUCAACUACCUGAGAGCUGGAUAGAGUUGGGGGUGGGACUUUUAACUACCUGGAACAUUUGGAUGUUGAUGAUGAUUGACAGUAGACACCAGUGUUUCCUCUCUGUAGACUCUGCUUUUACCCUGGUAAGACAAAGAGAAAACAAACUGUCUCCAGGCCUUUGACACCUUUAUAUUACAUGUCUAAAAGUACGUGGACCUCUGAGCAUCUGAGUGUUUUCUGGUUUCUGAUGUUGGCUAAUCCAGUUUGCAACAUGAGUUAAUUUUCUUCUAGCUCAUUCAGACAUGUUUCAUUCAUCUAAACAAACAGACUUAUGAGCCCAGCAUUAAGAUGUGGGACAGCUGUAGGACUUCAUCUGUGCACUGUUUUAAACUUGUCUGUGUAGUGGAGGUCAGGGCUCUGUUCAGACCAGUCAGCUGCUUCAUGUCAUGCUAACACAGGAAAGGUAAAAAACAAACCUCUCUAGUUUUCUUCCCUGCACUACUACUACUUUUGGCCAUGUGGUGUAUUUCACCAACUGUACAUUUGAAAACAAACAAAUCAACAAAAAUCUACUCCUCAUUCUAGUUUCGUGAAAUCAAUUUCAAUCAUUUCAUCCAUUUUAUUUUACUUUAGUUUCUGUUUUCUAUGGAUUUUUCUUUCAAUUGUCUUUAUUAUUAUUUAUUAUUAUUAUUAUUAUUAUUAUUAUUAUUAUUAUUGAUCAGUAGAAGUAGUAUCCUCUCUCCUGGGUUGGGCUGCUGUUCUUGAGUGUGUCCUGCAGACGACAGCAGAGAGCAACAAAGGACUGAAUGCAGCACUUUGUUUCAGAGCAGUGUUCAUUUAAAGGUCCACGCAGACAGAGUCACACUGUCUUAUUAACACUCACUCACUCCCUCACUCACUCACUCACUCACUCACUCACUCACUCACUCACUCACUCACUCACUCACACGACACAUCUGCAAACUUGUGUUUUUUAAUUUAAACACAAACCCAGAUUGUUUCUGUUUGUUCAGCUUCAUUUACACCUGAAGAACAGUGUUGACUUCUUCUCUUACUGAGAUGUAGCCACAGUGAUGAUGAUGAUGAUGAUGAUGAUGAUGAUGAUGAUGAUGAUAACAUGAAAUAAAACUGUUCUUUCUGA